GGGACAGGGGAUGUUGGUGCCUCUCUGAUCCACUUAAACCUUAAUUGCUCGGACCUCGCAGUCCCUCCCUCUCCCUCGCUUCCACUCAGUCAGACGCACACCUGAGAUGAGCUCCCUCUGAGCGUCAGCAGCUCUGGUCGCUUCCUAUGCGGUCCCCCCCGUCAUCGGACAGGACCGACACACAUUAAAUGGGUUAAGUCUGUCACCGGGAGCAGCGGGAGAUUCCUUCCUUUCAAUCCGCUGCUUGGGCGAUCUGAGCUCAGAUCGCGCUCUUUGUGGUUCGUCGGCGCAGACUGAGUUUUAACCGUGAUCCCCGUCGUUUGUAGAAGAAGAAGAAGGAGAAGGACCAGCAGCAACAGCAGGAGGAGAAGGAGCAGCGCAUCUCAGACACAGACCCGUGGGCGGCUGCGGGUGCGUCCGUCUGGGCAACAAACUGCUCCAUCCCUACAACCCAACAUUUUCAACAUAUGGCCUGGAGAAGUGGGCUUUAAAAAGAAAACAGACUCUGAUCAAUUCACGUUGGUCUGGGGAACAUUUCCCACCAGCGUUUUCAGCUCACCAGUUGAUAUUUUCUAAACAAGUAUCUGGAAGGAGGAAGAAGAAAAAAAAAAGUGAGGGAGGGCACAUGAGACACCGGUGAAUUCCCGAAGCCAGGUCCAGCAGCGAGACUGAAUGAGUCCAUCUUGGGCUGUUGGACGGACUCCUUCAGAGGACAGGACGGAUGCGAACGGACUCAACACAUCUCGGCAGUUGAAACCAGCCUCAGCCUCUCUGCCACCGGUGCGCUAAAGGAACGGGAGGGGACUCUGACUCCGGGGGACCAGUUUCUUUGGCAGGGAAAAGAUGCCAUUCCACCAUGUGCGGGCAGGCCUGCUCUAUCCAGACAACUACCUGAGCAGCUCCCUGACCGAGGGCAGCGAAGCCUUCCAGCUCACCAGCCUCUCCACUGAGGAGCUGGGAGAGAUCCGUGAGGCGUUUCGAGUUUUGGACCGAGAUGGGAAUGGCUUCAUCUCCAAGCAGGAGCUGGGCAUGGCCAUGCGCUCCCUGGGUUACAUGCCCAGCGAAGUGGAGCUGGCCAUCAUUAUGCAGAGACUGGACAUGGAUGGAGACGGCCAGGUAGACUUCGAGGAGUUCAUGACGAUACUGGGGCCCAAGCUGCUGUCGUCCGACAACAGAGAAGGAUUCCUGGGGAACACCAUCGACAACAUCUUCUGGCAGUUUGACAUGCAGCAGCUGUCUCUGGAUGAGCUCAAGCAGGUGCUGUUUCACGCCUUCCGGGACCACCUGACGAUGAAGGACAUAGAGAACAUCAUCAUCACCGAGGAGGAGAGCCUCAACGAAACCUCAGGGAACUGCCCUGAGUACGAAGGAGUUCAUCCUAAGAAGAAGAAUCGACAGACAUGUGUCAGGAAAAGCCUGAUCUGCGCCUUCGCCAUGGCUUUCAUCAUCAGCGUCAUGCUUAUCGCGGCCAAUCAGAUGCUGCGGAACGGCAUGGAGUGAAACCAGUUGCACUGUGAGCAUGGGGAGUGGGACAGAAACAGCCAUGACCUCACAUUUUCUCUUCGCGGCCAAAGCUGGACCAGCCACAACCCAAGCACUUCUCGAAACAAUCAGUUGAGCUUUUUGUGUUUGUUUUCAUGUGAAUUGUUCUUAGGAAACUGACAGUGUGGAUGAAAUGUGGAGAGGUGUACUUGUUUUGCAAUGAAGAUAUCACCAGGUGAAGUCACUUGAACUUUAACUGCGAAACAGUUAUGGUUUUCUAUAAAUUUUGACACUAAACAGGAAUUACUUUGCUGUUUUAGAGUCCGAAACCACCCUUUAAACUUGAUUUUAUAAUUGCCAGAAAUGCUUAUCAGGUGCUUUGAGCCAUCCAUGGUUUUCAAAAGACAAACAAUAUAUCAAACAGCUGCAUAUUUAUCGUAGUAAAGGUGCAAGGAACGUGAACUGAGUGAAUGUGAGCACUCUAUACUGGCCACAGCAUUGACAUGCAUACCAAUAUCCUCACAUCUCAUGUAGCCGUGUAUCAGCGUCACAUUUGGCGUGAAGCAUUUGCAUCCUCAGCUCAGUCUGCUGUUUGUGCGGCUGUGUCAGAUCUUUAUGUGUAUCUAGAGGAAGCACAACUCAAAUCUCAGCGAGGGAUCACUUGAUUUCCAUCACAUUUAAGUAGCGACUGGCUGAUCAUGGAAGAUCUCUGUGGUGUGGAAAAGGCAAGUGUAUAUAGAUAAUUUGCAGAGGCUUCCUCUGAGGUGUAAAAAUAGACCAAACCGAAUUCACUUAUUAUAAGGUAUGUGUUUGCAGGGAAAGGGCCUCAUUUUAGCAUUUCACUGUAAGACUGCUCAUCCGUAGAAAUCCCCUAGCAGCAUGCCAGUAUGUAUACUGCAAUUAACUACUGUUCCCAAUAGAUUUUUACUGUAUAUAUGUUGCUAUUUAGCCUAUGUAAUCUAAUACUUCUCUCAACAGCAGAAAGUAUGAGGGAAUAAAAACUAGCAAGCUUUAAUAUACACCUACUAGCCACUUUAUUAGACACAAACAGCAAUCCAGUCAAUAAAAUGGCAGCAACUCAUUGCAUUUUGGUGACUUUAAACCUGCCAUGGUUGCUGCCAGACAGGCUGAUCUGAGUAUUUCAGCCACUGCUGAUCAUCUUCACUGAGAAUGACCCGAAAAAGAGAAAACAUCCACCGAGCAGCAGUUCUGUUGAGGAAAAUGUCAUGUUGACGUCAGAGGAGACUGGGCAGACUGGUUGGAGAUGAUAGAAAUGCGGUUGUUGCUCAGCACUCGUUAAAACCAAGGAAUGCAGAACAUCAAAUCUGAACGCAUAUAGGAAGCUGAAGCUCCAGAUAACAAUGUCUAGGACAAUAUUUAGAUUUUAGGAACAGAAUUCGGUGUAAACAGCAUGAAAGCAUCGCUCCAUACUGCCUUUAGUCAGACGUUUGAGGCUGCUGGUGAUAGUGGUGUAAUGGUGUGGGGGAAUAUUUUCUUAGCACACUUUCAGAUCCUUAGUACCAGUGUCUACUCCUUUGUAGCAGGCUAAGUCCAUGUUUUUUGAUACAGAGGACCAGGGUUUCUAAUCCCAGUUGUCUGCCAAGUCUGUGUGCAAGUUGUAAUGACUUGCUGUGACGACCCCUGAAUGAGGGAGCAGCCGACAUGACUCACCUCCACCAGAAUAACGCUCCAUGUGACGGAGCUAAAAAUCUCCUCACAUCGGCAGUGAGGUACUUGUACUCCGACGGCCUCCACAGUCCUCCAGAUGUCAGUGCAACAGAGCACCUCUGAGAUUUGGUGGAAAGGGAGGUUCCUAUCGUGGAUGCAAAGCAGAUAAAUCUGAAUCAACAGCGUGAUGCUGUGACCAGCUGGACCAGAAUCUCUGCAGAACGUUUCCGACUGCUUGGUGAAUUUGUGCCAUGGAGAAUCAAGGCGGUUCUGAAGCCAAAAGAAGGUCCAAGCCACAACUAGCAAGGUGUACCUGACAAAGUGACUCUGGAUAAGCAGGAGACGUGUGCCAUGUGGUCAGGUUUGUGGAAAAGGUUUCCCUCUCCUGGUCAAAGAGAGAACUAAAGCUUAAUCUGAGCCUUGGGAUGUGUUGUGUCAUUGUUGAAAGGUUACUUUAUUCUGUAUCUGUAAAGACUAGCUCCAAACCCAAACUGUACUCCUCAGGAAUGAAGGGAAGACUGCAAUAUUCUGUGAGACUCAAAGCACAGUGUAUUUAUGAUUUAGCUCUUAAAUAAACUGUGCAGUUAUAACAAAGCUUUCACGGCUGAAUGCUCUGAAAAUAAACCUUGAGAUGGUUUAGAACCACACAAGAACACCUCACCGUCACAAAAGAUUAAAUGUAAGGAGAAGAACGACCCAGUGAUUCUGAAAUAUCAUCGUCUAUCCACUCCAGAUUACAUCUCCAAGUUAUGUUUUCAGAAACAGAUAAAAAGAAUAUGUGGGACGUAGCGACAAUAACCUGGUAAAGAGCAGAGGGCUUUCCGUAGUUUCACAGUAGCAGGGUAUUUACACAAAAGAUUUAAACAGAAAUGUCUGACAGAAUCGAAUAUAUUUUAGAGUCUACUUUUUUAUUUAAUAUAACAGUCACUCUAAUUCCUACUUAAUGAUUGAUUACCUAAAUGAGAGUGAUGUAUGGCACUACUUUUAGCUUUAAGACCAAGACUUUCUGUGUUUGUUGCAAACAGCCUGACUGGCCUUUGUUGUAAGCGAGGGAGAAGUGUGGUAGCCCCAUUUCAGCCAGCUGACAGGCAGUAUGUAGCACCAGAUAGGGAAGGGACAGUGCUGCUAUGCUUCAUAUGGUGAGAGGAAAUUCUGGUCAGUCUGGCAUUUCAUUAUCCUGACUUUAAACCACAGGAACUGUAUGACAAGAAAUUAUAGCGGGUUUCAAACCAUACCUUCGAAAAAUUAUGCUAUUCCCUGGCACUGAUAACCAGCCCACGGCGAGUCAUUCAUUCAGUUUUUUGUGUGAUAACUAUAAUGUAUAUUGUAUCCUAAAUGUAAUGUCCGCUUAGCUGUUCAGCCUUGUGUAAAUCUAGCUCUGUGUCUGUUCAUUGCUCCUGACUUUGACUUCAUAACAACCAUGUAGAGUUGAAAUAAGAUAUUUACAUAUACAUUGUAAAAAGACACAUAACCACUUUUCUCACAAUCUGGCAAUAAAUCAAACAAAAAUCCUCCUGUUUUUCGGCCAGCGAGCCUUACCAAAAUUAUUUUUCUUUGCUAAAUAUCACAACAAUGAUAGUUUUAUUUUAAUUUUAACUUCAGAAGAAUACAGACGUUUCCUUGGUAUUUGGUAGAAUUGCGUUUUGAACAACAAAUAUAAUGUUGGUCAUUGUAGCCAAGCACUUAAAUUUUAGAUUUAACAGAUGACAGGACAUACUAGCAAUCAACAUUUGAAAAGAAAAACAUUGCAUACUCAGAUUUGCAGAGGUUCUCUCUCAUCUUUCCUGAUUUAUUCUGGUUUUUCAUGAUUUCACAUGUGUUGCGUUAAAAUAUAUCCACGGGUGUCCCUCCAAUUAACUCAGAUCUUAUGAAUAAAUCAGUCUUACAAAACCAUCAGAUAAUCAUCUGAACUUUUUCAAAUUCUGCUUUCAAAUUUCUGUGGAAAAAUAAAAGAAAUGUUGUGCCAUAGAAGCAGGAAACGUUGAGCUUUGUGUUAAAGAGACCUAAUAUGCAAAAUUCACUUUUUGCACAUUUUUGUACUUCUCUACUGCUUCUAGAAACAAUCUAAUCACUAAAAAAAAUCCAUUCAGCUUGUCUUUUUUUGGCAAUAAGUACAUUUUUAUUGAUGUCUGGAAACUCACCUUGCAACCCAGUGGCAGCUCCGCCCAAUUAAUCAGCUGGUUUUAGCUGUAUGCGCUGUACAAUGGUUGUUUGGCAUGAACAUGAUUGAUCAUUUAGGACAAGCUAAUGCUAACAAUAGCCUACUGAUAAUAGCCCUGAUAACUUACCAUUUAGAAACCGAUUGCUGAAUCCUUGCUGGAUGUGCAAGACGUUCGACUUCUUCAGCUUCUGGGUCUGACUCAUAGUCAAACAUGUCUUGUUGUACCAUUGUGCAUCUGUUUACAGCCAUUUUCACGUGUGUAAAGAGUGAGUGUAAACAUUGAGUUGGGGGAGGGGCCAGCUACCCCUUAAUUGCAUAAAAGAGACAGAGCCCUAAAAACAGCUCAUGCUGAAAGGAGUUCAAAAUAGGAUGAACCCAGGAGGAGACAUCUCAUUAUCUAAGAAUUAUUUUGUGCAAAAAAUGUAAUAAACAUGUUUACUAUAGCCCACAGACUUAUCCUAACUUGUUUAAAAGGAAGCAUAAUAGGACCCCUUUAAGGGCACUCAGUGAGGAAAAAAAUAGCUAUGUAUCUUUUUACACAGUGUAUGUCAGAUCUGGCUUCAUCUCUGUAGAUUCUCUAACUGCACGGUGCUCCCUUUGAGACAACGUUGGACUGAUUGUUUCCUUUGGACAAAUCUCUUGUUUUAUUAUGUUAUCGGUCUGUUGACAAGGUGGACGAAAACUAAGGCAGAACUUUCAAUCAAACUGAUGUGUAUCCACGUGGGUGUAUGGUACAGCUUUGUGAAAACCUAAAAAAAAAUAAUAAUAAUGCAGGAUGCGAAAGGACUUUUUCUUUUAAAACAAGUCAGGUAUCACACCUAAAUUGUAUAAUACUGUAAAUCAGUGUGCAUGUUGUUGUCAUGUCGUUUAAGAAAGGGAACCCAGUUACUCUUUGUUGUUGGUUUAAAUGUAAUUAUGUAUGUAUUAUGUAUUGACUUUCCUAUUUAUACUGUAAUAGCCAUUUUUAUAGUUUCUACCAGCUAUAAAUCAAAUCACAGAGCAGAAGAGGGCAUUUUCAUAAAUAUGCAAAUACAAGGUCACACCAUCACCAUCAUAAUCUACGUCUCACAUUAUUUCUAGAAGAGUCUGUUGGUCUCACUGAGGAUGGUUCUACAUACUGAGUCCCACACAUCCUGUAUUUUAUUCACUUCAGAGUUUAAUUAAUGUCCACAUCGCCACAUAAUCGUCAUACAAACUUCUGUAUAAUGUAUGCUACACUUAUCCUUGUAAGUCAAUUUGUCUUUGAAAUUCCCAGCACACUGACAUUUGACCAAUGGAGCUAAUGUUUUCCUUUGUCUGUCAGCACCAUGGUCCAUUCGAAACCAGCAUUGCUCCCGUUAUCCCUGCAGUUCCUCUAAAGAAAUGUUUCAUUUUGACAUCAUUGCAUGACUGUGUAAGGGAAACCCUUUUAAGGUUCACAUUAUUGUACCCGUGCUUCUGUAACAGGACAAGGACCAGUUUCAUGUUUUAGAAAUUUGUUUUUACCAAAACAUGUUUUUACCAGUUGUAUAUUGUACAGAAAUGAAACUAAACACAGAUAUGUAAUACAACCUUGGCAUGCUGCUUAGAAAAGGAGAGAGAAAACAGCAAUGGUUACAAACUGAAUGGUUAUUGAAAUGCAAAGUUGAAUCUGAUUAAUCUAAAAAAAAAAAGUAUAUCUAUAAAUGUUUAUGCAAUAAAACCUUGUUUUGAUAGAAAUUGA